AUGAGGAAGAACGAGUGAGUGUUGCUGUGUUAGCAGAAUGAAACAUAAAAGAAGAAUCAGAUCUCAGACCAGAUAAGAUCACAGGCACCAUUUAAAGACAACACUUUAACCAACACAUUACUCUACAGGGGCUGAAAUAUGGAGCUAUCUCACCAUGAAGACAAAUCUGCCAAAUCUAUGGUAUAUGAAAACCAUGGUGCUACAGUCAGUAAUGCUGCAUUACAGAGCCACUCUUUUGAAGACACUGAACUGCCUGCUGUCGGACCUGAAGAAGAACAAGAAGAAGAGGAAAACAAAAAAAGUCACCCAACCCCAGGAAUAAAACUGUACAAAGUGGUUGCUGUGAGCUUUGUGCUCUUGUGUAUCCUGCAAGUUACUCUCAACAUUUUCCAGCGCCAUAUUCUCUAUUUUGAGACCAGCCACCAAAACCUGACUGAAGAAAAUGUCGAGUUGAAGAGGACCAUCUCUGAUACUGAAGCUAGAUGUAAAAACCAGGCUGAAGAGAGAGAUAAGAUGGAGAGGAAGCUGAAUACACUUGUUUCACAGUAUAAUUCCCUGACUGAAGAGACAGACAAGGUGAAGAGGUUAUUGAAAAACAGAUGGGUGUAUUUCCGCGACAGUUUGUAUUACAUUUCUUCUACCGAGAAAACCUGGCAAGAAAGUAGAAAUUACUGCCUUCAAGAAGGAACAGACCUGAUGAUUAUCAACAGCAAAGAAGAACAGAAUUUCACAAGACAAUUCAAGAAGUUUAUGUGGUUUGGACUGACGGACGCAGAGAGCGAAGGCACAUGGAAAUGGGUGGAUGGGACUCCGCUAGCAAGAAACUUCAGCUUCUGGGGUUCUGGGGAGCCUAAUGGUAACACAGGUGAAAACUGUGGGGAAAUAAAAAAUCGUGAUUCUGACAACAAUUGGAAUGAUGAAGGAUGCUCCAUUUCACACUUCUGGAUCUGUGAAAAGAACUUUUCUUGACUCAGCUUUAGACAAGACAGAAAACAAGACAACAAAGAUGUAUCUCUCAUUUUCAGCUGAACAGAGGAAGAGAUGUAGUUACUUUCCUGUUGUUUUGAUGUUUCACUGUGGUCAUCCAGUAGAUUUUCACAAAAACAGCCUCAAAAUGCAAAUAUGGACAUGAACAUAAUUGUCAUCACUGCAUUGAAGGGAAAGUGGCCAACUAUUGUCACUGCUUUUUCGUUUUUUUGCAAAAAAAAUUCCAUAUAUAUUAUACAUGUUUGAUUGCCUCUAAAUAAACGCCUGGUGUUCUGCUG